AUGAAUACUACUUCAGUUUUUCUUUCACCGAAACCGCUCCUAAUUAUGGAUAACGGUGGAACUAAACCUCAACAACAACAACAACAGCAGCAGCAAGCAAGCGGUUCAAAUGAAUAUGCUGGAGGAGAAUAUUCAUCGCAACAAAAUAACGAACAAAGAAAUGAAUCAUCUUACCCUCAACAUCAAAUUUCAACAACUGUUACAACUAAUCGGCCAUCAAUGAAUAGUUACGGAGGUGGACAAGCGAUAAGUUCAAAUGGAGGGAACUCAAAUCAAACAGGAAGUAAUACAUUUAAAUUGAAACAACCGAGAAAUUACGGAACUAAUCGAUACGAUCCAUUGGGUGCUCAAUCAGCUAAUUACCAAGCGAGAACUGCUUCUCAACUUCAAGGUCAAUGGAAUAAUGGCGUAGCUGUUGCCGCUCAAUCCACCUAUGGGCCGUUUGGCAAUCCUUUCGGUUUGCCUCAUCACUAUCAACAGCAAGCGGAUAUGUAUGCGGGCUAUUAUGGCGCACCCCAACCAUCAUCAUAUGGACCACCGGGUGCUCAGCAAGCUGUUUAUGGAGACUAUGGUCAAGCGGUUAUUCCGCCAGAAUCUCCUAAAGGUGGCCAUGUCGUUUAUAUUUAUGGUAUUGGACAACGCGCUACACAAGAAGAAAUCUAUGCGUUAUUUCAACCAUUUGGACGUGUUCUUCGUGUUGAUAUCAUUAUCGAUUUUAAUACUGGUUUAUGCAAAGGAUACGCUUUUGUUGCCAUGGAACAAUAUCAAGAAGCUCAAAUGGCAGUUCAAAGUUUAAAUGCGACUCCAUUCCAUGGCCGUCAAUUACAAAACAACAUACUGAUGAUGUCAUCUGCCCACUUGUCCGUCCAUGAUCGAUCAACUCAUCGGCGGCAUCAAUGA